CCGGAUCUGUGGGAGACCAGAAUCGGUUACCAUGGUUCCAAUCAUGGCUGAGCUGCAAUCCCCUACCACACACCCAGCCAUGGACACUUUAGGAUGGAAACUGGAAAGAGUUGCUGGGCACGGUGGAUCAGGCCUAUACUUGUCAGUACUUGAGAAACAGAGGCAGGAGGAUCACCUCCAAGUUUAAGGCCAGCCUGGGCUACUGAGAUCCUGUCUCAAAAAAACCCAGAAAGUUCUAAGAGUCAUCAAACUGCCAACCCAAUCUGAAAGGUUUUUAUCUUUUGUUUCUUUCUUUUGGUUGCUGAGGCUGGGUCUCACGUUCACCUCACUCACUGCAUAGCCCAGCAAGUCACUGCCAUGCCCCUGCCUCAGCAUCCGCAAGGCUGUAAUAACAAGCAUGGGGCACUUAAUCUGGCUAAAACUGAAAGCUUCUUUCGUUCUCUCUUCCUUUUUUAAAAGAUGUAACAUUAUUCUAAUUUGUUAAUUUGAGACGGGGUCUCCGUAGCCCAGGCUAACCAGACACCGUGGUCAUGAUUAGAAUUCCUGAUCCUCCUGUUUCCACCUCCCAAACUCUGGAAUGAGAGGUGUACAAGCAUCUGGUGUACUUGAGACUGAGACCAAAUCGUGCACAAUGCACAAGCACUCUACCAAUUGAGCCAACAUCCCAGGCAAGGCAGAAGUUAAGAGGAGAGCUUGACAUCAAAAUCCAAAAAGUGCCACAUAGCCGGGUGUGGUGAGGCACACCUGUCAUCCCAGCCAGUAUUUGGGGAGCUGAGGCAUAAGGACAAGAAAGUUCAGGGUCAGCCUGGACUACAAGGUAGAGCGGGGCCUCACGAUGCCUGUGUGCCCGUUGUCCCUGGAGUUCCUCAAGGCCUCACACUUUUCUUUGGGUCCUGAUCCGCGGCUGCAUGAUGGCACUAUGCAGGGCACAUCGCACAGGGACUUCCCAGCCUAUUCCGCUGUCACCUUGGUCCAGCCCCCCUCGUCAGCACCACAGCAAGGCACAAUCUUCCAAAGGGAAGCGCGGUGGGCUUCCCAGAAGCAUGUAUCGGAGAUGCGCCGUGCGUUCUCGCCACCGCCCACGUUACAGUCGCAAGAUGAGCUACGGGAGCGAGCAAUUGAGCACUCGCAAGCCAUGCAGAUAAGCAAUCUGCACUUGCACGCGGAUAUGCGUCCUGGUCUCAACUUGUCCAUUGCACGUACUGACUAUGGCUGGCCAGAGCUACCACCAAGCGCCCGCCUGGACAUCCGAAGCGCACGCCUCCUCUUUGACCGGGAUUCAAUGCCCUCGGGGGACAGGAAGCAGCUGCGCAUGCCGCUCACCUCGUACCAGGCACACUAUCCGCCCUAUGAUGCCAUCACCCCUCAGCCUUGUGUGCCCUGCAGCCAUCUAGGGGGUCCUAACACCCUGAAGUGGAACUACAAGGGACAGAAAGACACCUCCUACAAGAAGCAGUUCCAAGCUCUCCCAAGCCCACCAGCCUUGAUGUGUAAGAGGGCCUCCUCCAGUGUAAACCUAGGAGACAGCAAGGUUGGCUAUAGUCCCCUGUGUUCCCUCGUGAAGCAGACCUACACACCUCAGGGGCUGUCCCCAUACAGGUAUGACAAGGUCCAGGCUGCAGCCCACAUCCACCAGGUGAACGUUGGUCCUGGAGACCGCCUGUUCCAUGACAGAACUACCAUGAAUGACUACUUCUACUCCAAAGAGCCAGAGCCUUUUGUUCUUCACCAUGAUAAGACUCCGGAGUCAAACAUCCUGAAAGGAAACUGGUGCCCUGGCCCUGGCAGCCUCCAUACCUCCUCAAAGUUCUUCUACGGUGAGCCACCUCCUGCGACACAGCCUCCUGGCCGACAGGUGUCCCAUGAGAAACUGAAGGAUCACAUAAUCUUGGGAGACUCAAAGCUGCUCGGAAACUUCUUCCAAACCUCCAUGAGCUCAGACUAUUGCCCUCCGACUACCCCCAUAAAACAAAGAACCCUCAAGUUCUCUUUGUUGGAGAGUAACCUCCCUGAGGGCACAGGUGAAUUAGACUUUUUCACCACGAACCAAAUGAUGAUGAAGCCGCAUGGAAUAGUUCGAGCCUCUAUCACUGAAGAUUUGUUACAGAAGUGCAAAUACAGUCACAUAGAGCCCCCACUGGGCAGACAACGUUUCUUCUCUACUCAGAAUCAAGACGAGUAUCCCUUCAAGUACCAGGGCCCAUUGGUCCAGAAGCUAAGUAGCAUGCAUGAGAGCCAUCUGCCAAUGGGCACACCCAAGUACCUUGGCUGCUGGCAUGAGAAAGCAGAUCCUCGGGGCCCCCAGAUCCCUAUGUAUCCUUGCCUGAGUCAGCAAUAAAUGUCACUUGAUUGUCAAAUUGACA